AUGUCCCUCUCCAGGUCUGCGGUGGAACGAGCAAACCCUCCGCCUCGGCGGAAAUCCUGCGACGCGUGCAUCAAGGCGAAGCGAAGAUGCGACUAUGGAAAGCUUGCAUGCGUACGUUGCGCGCAGAGAGGUCUCGAUUGUGUUUAUUCAGGGUGUCUGCAACAUCGCCCAGACACAGUGCGGGAAGUGACGCCAGACGUUGCUAAUAAGUUCUGCUUCACGCCUAGUGCUCUGGAGCAGGUCGCGGACCUGUGGAAUGGCAGUAUGCUUGAAGCUUCCGGUUUCGACAUCGAUUCACCUCGUUUGGCCUCGACCGAUUUUGGACCACAUGUGGGUCUGCUUGACGUUGCACUUGAUAGUGAUACCGACCCACUUGAUAACCUCUUUUCCGGAGGCUCCGACAAGGUGGAUACGCCCAUCUAUGUAUUGUCUCCGUCACCAACAUGCCCUCAGAUCAGUACAGACAGUCAGGGCCGCAUAUUCGAAAUUAUCGCAGUAAGGUUUCAAUAUGCCAUUGACGAGAUCAAGCGAGCGCCGACGACAAUGGUCCUCGAAACACGCACGCCGUGGCAUCACCCUCAGCUCUUCAGGGGCCCACCCCCUCGUAGUAUGCUAGAUGCUCAUGCUGCUUGCGCCCUUUACAUAGCGAAGACCACCUGCAAUGCACGAGACAUCGUUCAGUCGAUCGAGGCUCGUAUCGAAGACCUGCUGAUAUCCCCCAAGCCCACUACGGCGCCGGAGAUUUUGGCUCUGGUUCAAUCUCUUCUGCUUUAUGAGAUCAUGUGCACAUUUGACAAUGACCUCCGCUUCUUCACCGCCCUUGAGAAGACAACCUUGGCGCUGGAAGACUCAACCUUACUGCUCAUGUCACACCUCGGUUCUGGGCAACUCUCUCUUCCGGCACAGCAUACACGAGAGGAGAGCCUUCAAGUAUCCUCAUUGGAGGAGGCAAGGCCUUUCUGGACGUCGUGGAUAUUCCACGAGUCAGCUCGACGGACGCUCAUGAUCGCCCUCUUCUUCAUACAACUCCAUCGCGUCCUAUCUGGAACUCUCCCUUUCUCCUGCGAUGGCGACCUUCAUAUCCGCAACUCCUGGACUCUGUCCGCACACUUGUGGAAUGCAGAGGACUUGUUCAACUUCACUGCUGCGUGGAGAAGUAAGAGACACCUCGUGAUUAAGGACGGGGUUUUCUCUGACGUCCUCAUGGAUGUUGAGGCCGGUGACGUAGACGUGUUUGGAAAGAUCCUAUUUACCCUCUUCAUGGGUAUCGAUCAGACGAAAGCCUGGUUCGCAGCACGGGGCGGUAUGCUCUGA